GUUGACGGUGGUUACUUUCGUUUCUGGUCAGGCUUAGUAUGUGUGCACUAAAUGCGAAUCCAAGUAAUGAUCCUAUAUCAGGGGAAAGAGUCAAAUUCCAUCGUUUGAUUGUUGACGAACCGAUAAAAGAUGAUAACUCGGUAGUUUAUUUAUCUCAAGCCAAGAUGGAUGCAAUGAAUCUGUUUCGUGGGGACACUGUUUUGGUCAAGGGUAAGAAACGUAAAGAAACGGUGUGUGUAGCCAUUGUGGAUGAGAGUUGCACAGACGACAAGAUUCGUUUAAAUCGUUGUAUUCGCAGUAAUCUACGAGUAAAGCCAGGAGAUAUUGUCAGUUUAAAGAGUCUUCCUGACAUCCUCUACGGGAAACGCAUUCACGUGCUGCCUAUUGACGAUACUAUUUUUGGUCUUACAGGAAAUUUAUAUGAAGCUUUUCUAAAACCAUACUUUUUGGCUGCCUACCGGCCUGUACAUAAAGGCGACAUAUUUGUCGUACGCGGUGGGAUGCGAGCUGUUGAGUUCAAAGUAAUUGAAACAGACCCGUCACCUUAUUGCAUUGUUUCUCCUGACACUACUAUUCACACAGAAGGAGAUCCAGUUAAACGAGAGGAUGAGGAAGAAAAGCUGAAUGAAAUAGGUUAUGACGACAUAGGAGGUUGUCGUAAGCAGCUGGCUCAAAUAAAAGAAAUGGUUGAGUUACCUCUUCGUCACCCUCAGCUGUUCAAAGCCAUAGGUGUGAAACCUCCUCGCGGAAUACUCCUUUAUGGACCCCCUGGUACUGGAAAAACCUUAGUUGCUCGGGCAGUAGCCAAUGAAAGUGGAAGCUUUUUCUUUUUAAUCAAUGGGCCGGAGAUAAUGUCAAAAUUGGCCGGCGAGUCAGAAUCUAACCUACGCAAAGCGUUCGAAGAGGCAGAAAAAAAUGCACCAGCCAUUAUUUUUAUUGAUGAACUUGAUGCGAUCGCCCCUAAGAGGGAAAAAACCCACGGUGAAGUAGAACGCCGCAUCGUUUCUCAAUUAUUGACAUUAAUGGAUGGUCUAAAACAACGGAGUCACGUAAUUGUCAUGGCUGCUACGAAUCGUCCUAAUAGUGUUGACCCCGCAUUGAGACGCUUUGGUCGUUUUGAUCGCGAAAUAGAGAUAGGUAUUCCUGAUAGUAUUGGGAGACUGGAUAUUUUGCGGAUACACACCAGGAACAUCCGGCUGGCUGAAGAUGUUGAACUUGAGCAAAUAGCCAAUGAAGCUCACGGUCACGUAGGAGCUGAUCUAGCUUCGUUGUGCUCAGAAGCUGCCCUCCAACACAUAAGAAACAAGAUGAAUCUUAUUGACUUAGAAGACGACACAAUUGACGCUGAAGUAUUGAACUCGUUGGCCGUAACGAUGGAUGACUUUCGUUGGGCUUUAGGAAAGAGUAAUCCGUCCGCUCUUCGCGAGACCACAGUUGAGGUACCAAAUGUCACCUGGGAUGAUAUUGGUGGGUUAGAAAAUGUGAAACGAGAGCUCCAGGAACUGGUUCAGUAUCCCGUUGAACACCCUGAUAAAUUCCUGAAAUUCGGUAUGACUCCUAGCAAAGGUGUCCUGUUUUAUGGUCCGCCAGGUUGUGGUAAGACGUUGUUGGCGAAGGCGAUUGCGAACGAAUGUAAAGCCAAUUUUAUCAGCAUCAAAGGACCCGAACUCCUUACUAUGUGGUUUGGUGAAUCUGAAGCAAACGUUCGGGACAUUUUUGAUAAAGCUCGACAAGCGGCACCGUGUGUGCUUUUCUUUGAUGAACUGGACUCGAUUGCCAAAUCCCUAGUUUAUACGUUAUGGCUGCUCAGUGUCUGAUUUGCUGAUUAACCUCGCUAAAAUAUUUUUUUAAAAAUGGGAUAUGGAGCAAGGAUAUGGGAGUGUUGUUGAUUUUUUGGUCGAAAUAGUUACUGCUAAUUGAUUGACGAGUAAUUAGAUGGUGAGUUAUUUAUUACAUAUCUCUUCAUGCCGGUAAAUGUCACUGAUAUUUUCGUCCCAAUAAGCGCGUUCCCCAUUGCAAUGUUCACUUCCCUAGGCUCGUGGAGGUAGCGUUGGUGAUGCUGGAGGUGCUGCUGAUCGUGUUAUCAACCAACUUCUAACCGAAAUGGAUGGUAUGUCUGCUAAAAAGAACGUUUUUAUCAUUGGUGCCACUAAUCGCCCAGAUAUUAUUGAUGGGGCCAUCUUGCGUCCUGGAAGACUCGACCAACUAAUUUACAUUCCACUGCCAGAUGAAGCCUCAAGAGCUAAUAUUCUAAAAGCUAAUUUAAGAAAAUCCCCAAUUGCAAAGGUAAGUUAUACUUUUUGUCUGAUCGUCAUUAAUGAAUCAUUUCAAUAUCGGUCUUCAUUUUUGAUGGAAGUAUAGGAUCUGUAAACUUAACUGCACCAAGCAUAGAAGUGCCCUUCGAUGAUAUUAGGAAAUUCACACCACGUUUGCAGAAUUAUAAAAUAUGACUUUCGGAUUUCGGCACCAGUUUGUUGGGAUUGUCUUGAGUUACACUUGAUGCUACUGAUUUCGAUUCCCUUCAAAGUGGUGAGUGUUCACCUUUAGUUCUAAAUAUGAAGGUGGGAGAAACUUAGUUUCCUUCGAUUAAGCUAUUUUGUAGUCUACCGGUUGACAAUAAAAAUCAUAUUUGUACUACCCAUUGUGACUCGAAAUUAGAGAUAUGUUAGUUAUGGCCAGGUGAUUUUUGUCUGAUAAUUCUCCCUAACUGUGCAAUUAUGCGUAAACCAAAUUCUUUCUACAUUUACCACAAAACUCUAUUUAUUUACAAACCCACGGUACUGUAUUCCUUUCCGCUUGAAUUUUGUAAAUAAUGGUUACUCGGUACUCUAAUAACAUCUAGAUUCCCAUCACGCGAAGUGCUUUGUAUUACGAAGCUUCAAUUGUUUGCCAAAAAUUCUAGCUUCUCCCUCUAGGGGGUUACCAUGCUCUCAAUCUGAUUGAGUUCUUUUUACUUCAGUGAUAGUAAAUGUGACGAUUUGAGCUUAUUCCUUGCAUCACACGUUGUUUAGGGGUAACCUAAGUUGUCGCGCGAAAUUCGGCUGCGUAAUAGCAUACAACGGAAUAUUAUGUUAUCGAUGGUACUCCUGAGUCUGAAAAACCAUCUUGCUUAUCAUUGCCGCACUAACAUAUUGUACCUUUUUGCUGUUGCAGUGUUCUGUAGUAGUCUUUUUAGCCAAAAUUGUCUGAAAUAUGGCUUCAGACUAGUGCUUAUAUUGCUGAUGUGUUGAACUUAAAGACUUACGUUCUUUGCUAAAAACAAUCAGUUUAGUCAGCUUCAGUUCAUUGAGACAGUUUUCCCGGUAUAAAGCGUUUGGUUUCCUCAGUAAUAAAUUUUAAAAGUGUAUGCAAAUUUGCUGCCUUUCUGUUAAGCUUAUAUAAUUACUUGUAAAAUACCAGACAUUUUGUGUGCCUCUAUGAUCCUCCUCUUUUGUCGAGUGUAAACAAAACAAAUCAAAAACGUUUUAAACCGACUGGGUGAUAAAUUCGAACCAAAAUCUACUCAUCGGAAAAAAACAAGCAAUUAUGUUGCAACCACUCGCUUUGUAUGUCGCAGUUUCAAACCCUUUUCAAUCUAGCUAGGUAAUAUCACUGGUCUUUAUAGUUAUAACUUAACUGAAUCAGUACUUUUCGAAUCAUAAUUUUUAUAGUUAUUCCUUUACACUACCAUGGGUCGCGCAUUUUUAGCCCAUUUAACAGUUUAUAUUUUAGUGUUACACUUGAGACAAAUUUCUUGUCUAAAUUUUAGGGAUUUGGGUAACAGAUUUAAGAUUGUAUAAUGUAGUCUUUUUAACUGUUUAACAGGCAUUUACUAACUCUUGGUCUUUUUAAUAUUAGGAUGUUGACAUUAAUUUCUUAGCAAAAGCUACUCAGGGAUUUUCGGGUGCUGACCUCACAGAAAUAUGUCAGCGUGCCUGUAAACAAGCAAUACGUGAGUCUAUCGAGGCGGAAAUACGUGCUGAAUCUGAAAAGAAAAACAAGCCUAAUGCUAUGGAAGAUGAUUUUGAUCCAGUGCCAGAAAUAACUCGUCGUCACUUUGAAGAAGCAAUGCGCUUUGCAAGACGCUCAGUGACUGAAAAUGAUGUACGGAAAUAUGAAAUGUUCGCCCAAACAUUGCAACAGUCAAGAGGAAUAGGUAGUAAUUUCAGAUUCCCUGGAUCAGAUGGACCUGGAAUACCUACAGGUCACGGUACUCAGGGAGGAGGAGGAUCAGCCUAUGGAUCUCAAAAUGACGCAGAAGAUUUAUACAACUAAACGAUUGUCACAACAUUUUACUUUUCAGUUUAUUGAAAACUUUAGGCUCAAGCUAUCCUGUGUCAUCAAUUUUCACCUACUUAUGCUUCUGGUUUGAAUUCUAAUUAUCAGUUAUGUGACGUCUGACUGAUUAAUUUUUUCUAUCCCCAAACUGUUCCCUUUGUAAUUCAGACAGAAUUUGUACCUGGCAUAUUUCCAUACAUUUAUUUCAUGUUAUU